CUCGGAGCCAAUCACCAUGCGGACGCUGUGGGCUUAGCAAAACAUAGUGGUUGAAGUUGCAGUUGUUUGUGAAUACCAGUCUGAUCCAUGUUACCAUUUUCAUCAUGACUGAUGCCCAAAGAAACACGAGGAACUACAAUGAUUUAAAGAAUGAAGAUGGCUAUGAAAUCUCCAUCCCAUUCGAGGACAGCAAUCUAGUUGAAUCUGGUUUCUAUAAUCAGCAUGGCCAAGCCUUUGAUGGAGAUUCGAGCCAGGUUUCUGCUUGCAGUCCGUACUUUUUGAUUUCUACCCUCCGAGCCCAGCUGCAGAUAUCUUUAGAGAAGAAUUCCUGGCUCCAGAAGCGCAUCGAAGAUCUGGAGGAGGAGAGGGACUUUCUACGCUGCCAACUCGACAGAUUUAUUUUCACAACCAGGAGCCAGGAGAGGAAUGACCCUCAGAUAGAGGCUGUACAGCACCCCACCAAACAGAAGCCUGUCAUUCGGAAGACAUCCACCCCUUCUCCAACACCCAUGAUGACACGAUCCGGCCAGAUUCUUACACGCAACCAGAUGAAAAAGCGCAGCAGACAAAGCAGUGCGCAAGAUGAUGAUGAUGAUGAUGAAGAGGAGGAAGUAAUUGAGGAGGAAGAGUAUAUAGAAGAGGACGGCUACUUGGAAGAAGAGCAGAUUGUUACAGAUGAGGAUAACGAUGAUUUAGAUUGUAAAAGUUCACGAAAGGGCCGUACAGGUAAACCGAACGGCCAGACCAGAGUUAAAAGAAGACGUGUUUUCCGUAUCGCCCGGACCAUGGAGAGACAGAGAGUUAAAGACCCUGCAGGUGUUCUGCUUCGCUACAAGAAGAUCCUUGUAACCUACCAGAAGUUGAAGAGCAUGUCUAGAGCAUUCCAGGUUCACGGGGUUGACCGCAACACCGUGGCCUCCACCACACCUAUUGCAGAGCUGCUCCUGGUCGCCCCAGAGAAGGUAGCGGAUGUUGGUGAAUUUGAUUCAUCCAAAGAGAAGCUUCUGGAUUACGCAAGGCGUUGCUAUAAAGCUCUGGAUGAGGCUUCUCACGCAAAGGUGCAGGCCUUAAAGAAGAGCAACCUUUUACUGCCCAUUUCAUACAGGUUUAGGCACUGAAUUUUGAAAACAACAUAUUCAUGUUUUGGUGAGAAGCGGAGUUGUGAUUUUGAGGUAGUGGUUUGGAAAAUAUGGAAAAACAUGGGAUAUUUUUUUUUUUUAUCCCUGCCUCAGCUUUUGGAGUAAAAAACUUUUGCCACAACUUUUGCGAGUUUUUUGGUGAUGGUAAUUCCACUUUAUAAUGGUGCAAGAAACAUUGUUUUUGUUAAUGCUGUAAUGUAAAUGGGAUGGCUGACGAUUCAAUCUAUAUUUAUAUUAUUUAUCAGCUUGUUUGAUCCCAGCUGGAAUGUGUGAGCUCAUUUCAAUUGUGUUGACCAAGAAAGAAAUGGCCAAUCCUUAAAAGUUGAAAGUGAUAAAUAGUCAAUAGAAGAAAAAAAUAGUCAAUCACUGUAUUUGAAGGGUAACUUUAUAUUAUUUAAUAUAUGCUAAAGUUAGUUAUUGUAAAGUUUAAAAAAAGUUAGUGCCUAACACCUUAAAUGUAAAUGUCAUAUCAUCAAAUGUUUGUGUUUGGAGUGAUAUAAGGAGCCGUUUGGGAUCUUUUUUUGAUAGAAUCACUUGGGCUGAAGAUCAUGUAAGAAAUAAAGUUUACAAUUUGCUACACUCUCAGAAAAGAAAACUUCUUAAAUCAUCUUAAGACCUUCUAAGUGUUGUCAGUAUUAUUCUAUCAUUCAAAAUAUUUUUGUUUUGACAAAAGAGAAGCACAUCGGCCUGAGAGUGUUGUGUAUUACUGAUAUGUCAUAUCAACUUUAUAAAUAAUUUUUUUGUAAUUGUGUUUUCUGCACACUUUUGGUACCCUUUUUUUUGACUACUCAUGAGGUACGACAGCAAACCUCAAAUAUAUAUUUGUUUAUUAAAAUCUUGUUGAUGAUAAAAUAUUUAUGAUAGAAUGGUUUAACACCAAAACCAAAAGUGUUUUGUGUUUCAACCAGUCAAUGCUAAUUGUUUAUUUAUUUUCUUGAUAUGGCUGUAUAAGAGAUCACGUAAUGCUAAAGCAGUGUUUAUACAUUGAAUUGCAGUUUUUUGGCAUUUUAGUUUACAUUGCAUUUAGUGUUAUGGCACUUUUUUGUGAUAUUUUUGUGUGUAUAUUAUUUACAUACACUAUUUUUUGUAUUAUUA